UGUGCGCAUGCGUGCUAACUAUCAGUUGCGUUGCAGAUGUUCUGCGCUUGCUCAGAGCAGAUACCUGUGUUGCCCCACCCCCUGGUUUUCUGCAAUGGCUGUCGCAGCACGUGCUGCUUUUCCCUGCCGCUGUUUUCCACUUUUCUAUGGCACAUGCGCAGAUGCCCCACAUUGGGAAAUGGCUGCGGAGCUGGAGCCUUUGAUGGCGGAGUGGCUGGGACCUGAGGAGGCUGAGGAUGCCGGAGGGCAGGCCACGUCUUUGAGUAAGACUGAAGACUUGCUGGAGACAGUAAAAAAGCUGCAGAAAGAGGGAAGCCUGGAACCCCAGAUUGAGGACCUGAUUCAUCGAAUUAAUGAGCUGCAGCAAGCGAAGAAGAGAUCCAUUGAAGAGCUGGGAGAGGCUCAAGCUCUCCAGGAGGCCAUGCAUCGGGAACUAGAUUCCUUAAAUGAAGAGAAAGGACACCUAGAGGAGGUCCUGUGCAAAAAAAAAGAGGCUCUGAUGCUUCUCCAGAAGCAUUGCCAGGAGAGGGAAAGUGAGACUCAGUGGUUGAAUGCUAAAGAGCAACUGGAGGAUCUGACAAGUCAGCGCAAGGACCUCUGGGAGUUCCAUGUCCUGCACCACCGCCUGACCCAGGAGAUCAGCGCAAUGGAAGGCAGCAAAGAGCAGCUGCUGCUGGAGAGGACUUUGCUGCGUACCCAGCUGCAGGAAGUGGAGAGGCGGCUGCAGACAGCCAGGGAGGCCCAGAAGACCCCUGAGAACUGUGGGCUGAAGACAGAACUGAAUAAAUGUGGGGGGCAGUCACAGAGCAUCACGGAAACCCAGAACAACAGAGGAGAGGUACGUGCCCAUAAGUGCAAGUGCUUGCGGAGGACAGAAGAGGACAUCAGACACCUGGAGCUGGAGUCACAGACAGUCAGAAGCUGCCUGACCUGGCUUCUGGGAACCAAAGUUGGGUCCUCUCAGGAGCAGUACACACUCUUACUGACUGAGACGUCUCCCUGGUCCCCAAAUCCAGUUUUAGUGUCAGCGUUUAUUAGACAUCAUGAGCACUGAGAGUAAAAAUUGGAUAGGAGUUGUCUCUCCCAGGAACCAAGAAACAAAUAAAGAAUGAGGACAAAUCCGAUGCCUGCUCCUACACUGUACCUGCCACCAUGGCCGUGGUCCCUGAUGCUGUAUCAAAUGAGGUUGUAUCGAUUUACAUCAAUGUAGAUAUAUAAAUUGACACCACAAGCAAUAUAUCUUCAUUUCUUUAUGCUUUGAUAAGGUGAGUUUUAAUGUCACCUCCGAGACACUUUUUGUUGUUGUUUCUAAAUAAAACUGUAAACAGAAUAGAAAAA